UUAGUCAAAUAACCCUAAAAUCAGUUUCAGCGCUAAGCUCCAAAUUCAAAAGGCGGCGUUUUAUCCAUCACCAUCGUCAUAGUCAUAGUCAUAGUCAUCGUCAAUGGCGGCGACGAUGGAGUCGUCCUAUUCGCCGGCUCCCCCUCCGGUGCCAGCGGCAAAAAAGGUGAAGCAUGAGAUGGAGUUGUUCGGAGACGUCAGGAUCGACAACUACUACUGGCUUCGGGAUGAUUCUCGCUCCAGUCCUGAAGUUCUUUCGUACCUUCAAGCAGAGAACGCCUACACAGAUUUCAUCAUGUCUGGUACCAAACACUUAGAAGACCAGAUUUAUGCUGACAUGAGAGGACGAAUCAAGGAGGAUGAUAUAUCUGCACCUGUACGUAGAGGGGCUUACUACUACUAUAAGAGGACUUUGGAAGGAAAGGAGUAUGUGCAGCAUUGUAGGCGCCUUGUAUCACCUGUUGAGGCCUUACCUUCUGUUUAUGAUACUAUGCCAACUGGACCUGAUGCUCCUCAUGAACAUGUUAUCUUGGAUGAGAAUACCAAAGCUCAAGAACAUGCAUAUUAUAGCAUUGGUGCUUUUAAGGUUAGUCCAAACAAUAAGUUGGUUGCAUAUGCAGAAGACACCAAAGGUGAUGAGAUUUAUACUGUUUAUAUCAUUGAUGCGGAGACUAGGACACCUGUGGGGAAGCCUCUGGUACGUAUAACUUCAGAUCUUGAAUGGGCUGGUAAUGAGGCUUUACUUUACAUCACAAUGGAUGAGGUUCUUCGUCCUGACAAGGUCUGGCUGCAUAAGUUGGGAACAGAUCAAUCAAGUGACUCCUGCCUUUAUCAUGAAAAGGACGAUAUGUUUUCUCUUGGUCUUCAAGCUUCUGAGAGCAAGCAAUUUCUGUUUGUUGAAUCUGGAAGUAAAAAUACAGGAUUCAUUUUCUAUCUUGACGUAUCAAAACCUGAAGGUGGGCUUACAGUUUUGACACCUCGUUUAGAUGGCAUUGACACAUCAGCCAGUCACCGUGGAAACCAUUUUUACAUUAAGCGCAGAAGCAACGAGUAUUUUAAUUCAGAAGUACUAGCUUGUCCACUGGAUAAUGUAUCCACAAUGACGGUUCUUAUUCCACACAGGGAAAGUGUAAAGAUUCAGAAGAUACAACUUUUCAGUGAUCAUCUUGUAGUGUAUGAGCGUGAAAACGGUCUGCCCAAGGUAACUGUGUAUCGCCUCCCAGCAGUUGGAGAACCACUUACAAGUCUUCAAGGUGGUCAGAUUAUUGAUCUUCUUGAUCCUGUAUACACGGUGGAUCCAUCAGAAUCACAAUUCUCUUCCAGCAUUUUGCGGUUUUCUUAUAGCUCAUUGAGGACUCCUCGCUCUGUAUAUGAUUAUGAUAUGAGAACAGGCAUUUCUGUUUUGAAAAAGAUUGAAACGGUUUUGGGGGAUUUUGAUGCAUCAAAAUAUAUAACUGAAAGGAAAUGGGCGAAUGCUUCAGAUGGCACUCAAAUUCCUCUAUCAAUUGUUUACCGAAAGGAUCUUGUGAAACUUGAUGGAUCUGAUCCAUUACUUCUUUAUGGCUAUGGUUCAUAUGAGAUUUGCAUAGAUCCAAGUUUCAAAGCUUCAAGGCUCUCUCUAUUAGAUCGGGGUUUUAUAUUUGCAAUAGCACACAUUCGUGGUGGUGGUGAAAUGGGGAGGCAGUGGUAUGAGAAUGGGAAGUUGUUGAAGAAGAGAAAUACAUUUACAGAUUUUAUUGCUUGUGCUGAGUAUCUAAUAGAGAUGAAGUUCUGUUCAAAGGAAAAAUUGUGCAUUCAGGGAGGAAGUGCAGGAGGGUUGCUUAUCGGUGCUGUUCUUAACAUGCGGCCAGAUUUAUUCAAGGCUGCUGUUACUAGAGUACCUUUUGUCGAUGUGGUGACAACAAUGCUGGAUCCAAGCAUCCCUCUUACAACUUCUGAAUGGGAGGAAUGGGGUGACCCUCGGAAGGAGGAGUUUUACUUCUACAUGAAGUCAUAUUCCCCUGUUGAUAACAUUAAAGCUCAAAAUUACCCAAAGAUUCUCGUGACAGCCGGUUUGAAUGAUCCACGUGUCAUGUAUUCGGAACCUGCUAAGUUUGUGGCAAAGCUGAGGGAUAUGAAGAUGGAUGAUAAUGUGCUGUUGUUUAAAUGUGAACUUGGUGCUGGACACUUCUCAAAGUCAGGAAGGCUUUACAAGUCUUUUUGCGGUGUUGAUGGUGUUUUUGUGCUAGUCCUUCCCACCAGGGAAUGUUCAAUUGUUCUUAGGGGGCCAUGGUUUGGUGGUUUUCAGGGUGAUUUGAGAAGCUCAAAGAAGAGGCCUUCGUAAAUACUUUUGUACUCAAGGCUUUAAACAUGGUUCCUACCCUUGGCCGUGUGCAAAGCUGAUCAGGUCAUAGAACAUGCUGCUGAUUAUAUAAUGUUCUCUUGACAAACACGGUCAGCAACAUCUUACACAGUGUUGUGUUCAUUACAUCAGGAAUAAUCUGAGAUGGAAAUAACUUUUGGAGAAGAGAUGGAAUUACACCUUGGAGGGAUUUCUUUUGGCAGGACCACAGCAGCUUAGGCCUGAUUGUUGCUGGAAUCAACUCUUGAUAAUUCAUAUAUAUGGUCAUGCAUAGGAUGUGUUUUUCAUAGUUGAAACCAAGAGCAUCCAUAAAAGGCUGGAGUUGUUUAUUAAGGUCAAAAGAUAUGGGAACGCAGAAGGUGAUUUCCAACUUAUUGGUAAAUGUUAUUCUCAUUUAUGUUUUUAACAGUCUCUCUAUUCUAUAGGGGUGAAGAAAAUUGGUAAUUUUGGUUUUACAUUUUUGAGUUUGUAUUGCUGUGUGGAUGAUUAGCAAUCACAUAUUCUCACAACUACUACUAUUCAUUUCAUAAUCAACUAGAUGAUCCUACUAUUGUUACACUGGUAGAACAGAUCCCCUUUUUUUUUCACAUCCUACCUGACUCUAGGGUAUGAAACUACUAGAAUACUGUUUUCCUAAUUUAUGAAACAACUGAUUUAGUUC